CAGACGAGUACCAACCAUUUCGUCACAUUAUAGGGACCCUGAUAAUCUAACAUAAUUAUCAAUUUAAUGGAAACAGUUUAGUUUUUUUUUUUUUUUUUAUUAGUUUGAGGGCGAUGAAGAUCCGGAGAACGUUAUGAUUGAUAUCUAAUUAAAAGAGUUUUUUUUUUUUUAAGGGAAGAAUUAGAAAGUUAUAACGAAGAAAACAAACAGAAAAGCAAAGAAUCCGGAUGGAAAAGGAAGAAACCCAACUGACAACAGGUGCAGACCAUCUAUCAUCAGUAAAGUACUACAUAUUGAGACCUACAAAGAUUUUCCUACAAAGAACCAAACUAACUGACAUAAUAUAAGAAACAAGAAGUACAAAACAAGAGGAUUCGGGGGAUAUAGACAAUAUUAAAACCCUAUUACAAGAAAGGAGAAGAAAAACAACUUGAUGCCUCCUCUCUUCUGCAACUUUUGACAUGGCAGAAGUGGAAAAUUAUACUUACGUGGUGGUAGGAGGAGGCAUCGCUGGAGUCACUUGUGCGGAACACUUGUAUAUCCUACAUCCAGAGGAGAGAACAUUAGUCAUCACUGCCUCGGCACUCAUCAAGGCAGUCACCAACGUCCUGCCACUAACGAAAACACUUGAUGCCUUUGAUGUGGAAGAGAGGAAUGCCGAGUAUUUAGAGAAUCAGUGCCCCAACGUCACUGCACUGUUAUCGAGAUGCUGUGGAAAGGCUCGAUGCAAAAGAACAGUGUGUUUACGUAUCUUCAGGCAAAAAAUUCAAAUAAAAAAGCUAUGCAUUUGCACCGGAGCGAUUCCCAAAGUCAUAGCAGAAGACAGCCCUUAUGUGAUGUGGAUACGUGACACAGAAUCCGUGUGCCAGUUUCAGGCGAGAAUGAAGGGUGCUCGGAGAAUAUUGAUUGUGGGGAAUGGAGGAAUUGCGACAGAGAUGGUGUACGAAGUGACAGGCAUAGAGAUUGUCUGGGCCAUAAAGGACAAGCACAUGACAGCCAACUUCAUUGACCCUGGAGCUGCAGAGUUCCUCCGAUCUGAGCUUUCGAAGGAGAAGAGCGAUGUAACUGGACCUUCAAAGAGGCGGAAAUACACCGUGGAUGAGAAAGAGAGGGUUUCGGCAGUCAUGGGUGGAGCCUUGGGUCCUGACUGGCACUCCGGCUUGGAGCUGAGGGGGAGCAACCAGCGCAGUGUCACCCUCGAGACAGAGGUGGAGGUGAAGGAAAUUCUCGAGCCAGACAAAUUCAGGCAGUCGGGAAAAGAGCUAACGAGGCUGAGUGGGGAGGAAGUUGACUGGCCUGUCUAUGUGGAGCUAACCAACGGCAAGGUCUAUGGUUGUGAUUUCAUCGUGUCGGCAACAGGCGUGACACCGAAUGUUGAAAAAUUACUAGCGGGAAAUAACCUGAGCGUAGGAGAGGAUGGAGGCCUCGUCAUCAACGAACAAGACAAAAAUGUAUAUGCUGCGGGGGGCACGCCUGGCUGGGAAAAGGCACGGCAUUGGUUUCAGAUGAGGCUGUGGACGCAAGCAAGGCAAAUGGGAUCUUACGCGGCGAAGUGCAUGUGGGCAUCACUCUCAGGCGAAGAAAUCUACAUGGAUUUCUGCUUUGAGCUCUUUGCCCACGCGACCCGGUUCUUCGGCUACAAAGUCAUCAUUCUGGGCCUCUUCAAUGGCCAAGGGCUGGAGGGGAAGUACGAAAUUCUCCUCAGAUACACGAAAGGGAUGGAGUACAUCAAGUGCGUGAUGGUGGACGGGCGAAUGCAGGGGGCGGUGCUCCUUGGGGAGACCGACCUCGAGGAAACCUUCGAGAACCUCAUCCUCAACCAGAUGGACUUGUCCCCCUAUGGCGAGGACCUCCUCAAUCCUGAUGUUGAUAUUGAAGAUUAUUUUGAUUAAGCUGUUUGCGAUCUUGUUCUCUUUGUAUCUCUCUCUCUUCCUUUCUUUGUGUCUCUCUCUCUCUCUCUCUCUCUCUCUCUCUCUCUCUCUCUCUCUCUCUCUCUCUCUCUCUCUCUCUCUCU